GGCUAUAAAUACAGUCUCAGAAACAUCCCAAAUAGUAUCUGAAAAAUAAAGUUAAUUUGAGGGCCCAACAAGGUCAUACUGCAGACUGCGGUAUCAGUAAAAGCCUAGACUAGAUGCAAACAUGUUUUUAUAGCGCACAUCUGGGAACUUGAACUCUCGACCCACCCAAGACAGACAAAUCCCACAAAUAGAACUGAUAUCUGGUAAGCACCAUGGCCAGGGCGAACGGCUGGAAUGGCUGCGAAAUGGGCGUGCAGGUGAACGGGAGCAGUGCUUCGAAGUACUCUCGCACCACAGAGUUGCGACGCGUUGAGGACAAAGACAUCUACCGGCUAGCCAAAAUUCUGGAUGAAAACGCUUGCUGGCGCAAGCUUAUGUCAAUUAUACCCAAAAGCAUGGAUGUGCAGGCUUGCAGCGCCGCCGGAUGUCUGAACUUUGCGGCGGUCAUUAAAAAAGGACAUAAGUACACGUCGCAGGACGUGUUCCAAAUUGAUGAGGCCGCGAACCGACUGUCGGACCAGAGCAAGUCUCAGAUGAUGAUCGACGAGUGGAAGACAUCGGGCAAGCUAAACGAACGUCCCACAGUCGGGGUGCUGCUCCAACUGUUGGUGCAGGCUGAGCUCUUCAGCGCUGCGGACUUUGUGGCAGAGGACUUUCUAAAUGAAUCCAAACCGGCGCGCCCAGUGGACGGGCCAGGAGCUCUCAUAAGCCUGGAGCUGUUGGAUGAGGACAUGGACGUGGACAACGACGGCCUAAGUCCCAGCUACCAACCCAUUACUACCGCACUUCAGGGGGAUGAUCAGGGCAGUGUUGGCCUAAACCUGGACAUCUUCGAAAAAAACAUAGUGGCUCGGGACAAAUGUGUGCCGCAGCCUUUAGGGGAGACCCCACCUGUAGCCCCACCUCGACGCCCUCCAAGAGCCAAUGCCAUUCACUGUUCCGCUGCUCGUACUAGUACCAGAUGCUCGUCGGUGACCAAUCCUAAUUUACCCAAUCUGACAAUUCUCAAUCCCAGCGAACAAAUACAGGAAUCGGUGAUACAUCCGCGGCCGCAAAAUAUCCCCAAUCUGUCCAUACUCAUGGCUAGCUCUGGAGACUCAACCACAACAUUGUUGGAUAAUCCACGGAACCCAAAUAGCUCUACGUUACCGGCAAACAUACCUCGAAUCACGCUGUUAAUUGACAAUUCUGCAGAAGUAAGUCCUCGCCAAACUCUUGGUCCAGAGAGAGCUGUUAAAUCUACAACGCCGCCAGCGAAUUCAAACAAUUUACCAAUGAUAAGCGCUUUAAAUAUUACAAAUGACAAUGCGGAGACCUCGUGCCCAGACAGCAGCAGCACCACAAGCAGUUUAAGCAAUGAUGAUGAUGGAGAAGGAGAUGGAGAAUUCGCGGAUGCCUCCCUGCCCAACCUAAGCAACUCGGAGCAGCAUAACUCCAACAAUGACUCCAGCCUGACAACUGUCACUGGUACCAGCGGUGAAAAUAGCUUCGAACUGACCAACGACUCCAGCUCGACUUCAAAUGACGAUUACGCCUGCAAUCUUCCGAACCUAACUGAACUGCAACAGUAGAUAAGAUCUACUCCCGUCACGGAGAUUAAUUUCCAUGACCGAAACAUUCCGUUUCCCACCUACAUGUACUUCUUUGUUUGUCGGUAUCGGCAUUAGGUGUGGGCCUAAGUUAACGCAAGGUCCUACAAGAAUAUAAGAUUAAGGGCAUGCUUUUUCCAAUUACUGUUGUUUUAUAAGUACAUGUCAUAAGUACACAGUCCAUGACAAAUGCUGCAAUAUCACAUGUUUCCGUUUCGAGAAAACUUUAUAAAUGUAACCAAACAACAAGUUCUACAACAUUGUGUAUAACUUAAAAAAUACUCUUUAAUUUUCUGGUAUAAAACAGUCACUAACAAUAAAUGGUUUUCAUAGAUGCGUUAUUUAUGGGUUGAGCCCCUGGUCUUAACAACUAAAUAGCUGCAUAUUUGGAAAUCUGUGAUACAUCGACCGAUACACUAAAGGUCGAACACCUUUAUUUAUAUGGACUGCCGACGACAAUAUCUCUAACAUCGCUCGACGACGAUUUGAAGAACCUGUUGCAUAAAGCUGGCUUUGUUGACAAUAUAUACAUAUUUCUUUUUUAGCUCCGUUUAAUUGGAGGUACAACCCUAAA